GCCAUGGUCUAAGAGACAUCUUAGAAUGGUCCCUGCCUGUGUUAUGCGACAGAUGCUGUGUGGCAUGUGAGGACUUGCUGUGUGUCCAGGCUCAGUGCCAGGAAAGCACCAGCUUUUCUUGGUUUUUGAAACGCUGUGGGAGCUCUGUUUGCUCUGACAGCUUCUUGUGCCAUGUCAGACUGUGUCUGCGCUGGGAAGUAACUGAUGCUUGGGGAGAACCAAUUUGGUGCUGGGGACACAGGAUCAUAGAAUCAUGUGUUGAAGGGGUCUUUGUCAUGAUGGCUGCAGCUACAGCUGGGAGGAAAAGAUGUUUGGCUUUCACAAACCGAAGAUGUAUCGGAGUAUAGAGGGCUGCUGUAUUUGCAGAGCUAAGUCUUCAAGUUCUCGUUUUACUGACAGCAAGCGUUACGAAAAGGAUUUCCAGAAUUGUUUUGGGCUCCACGAGGCCCGCUCAGGAGACAUUUGCAAUGCCUGUGUCCUUUUGGUGAAAAGAUGGAAAAAACUGCCAGCAGGAUCCAAAAAAAACUGGAAUCACGUGGUAGAUGCCAGGGCUGGACCCAGUCUUAAAACAACAUUGAAACCAAAGAAAAUGAAAACCCUCUCUGGAAGCAGAAUAAAGAGCAAUCAAAUCAGCAAACUGCAGAAGGAAUUCAAGCGGCACAAUUCUGAUGCCCACAGCACCACUUCAAGUGCCUCUCCAGCUCAGUCACCCUGUUACAGUAACCAGUCUGAUGAUGGUUCUGACACAGAGAUGAGCGCUGGGUCCAGUAGAACACCAGUUUUCUCCUUUUUAGAUCUCACAUAUUGGAAAAGGCAAAAAGUCUGCUGUGGAAUUAUUUACAAAGGGCGUUUUGGGGAAGUUCUCAUAGACACUCAUCUCUUCAAACCUUGCUGUAGCAAUAAAAAGUCCACCACUGAAAAGCCAGAACAAGAAGGACCGCAAUCUCCAGCAAUCUCUACCCAGGAGGAGUGGUGACUUCCUUGGAUAGCUGCAGAAGGUUAUACAGAUCCUCUUUUUCUCUGGAAAAAUACUAGAAAAGUGACUUGACUUUGGACACCUGCUAUGCUGCCAAAAGACUAUUCCCUAGAACUGUUUUUUUGGGUUUUAGUGCUACAAUUCCACAAACUCUGAAGCCAGUUUAUAUCCUUUCAGAAAGACUGUAUAUAAUAUUUAAGAUUCUAUGGAACACUUAGCAAAGCUGAAUGCUGCUGCAAGGUUGUCGAAUCUUUUCUCCCCUUCUUCCCCCUUGCUUCACUAGUGAAUUUGAGGGUGGGGUUUUGUAUAUUGAAAGUAUAUGUAGUUCGUGUUCCUGUAUUGACAGAAGCAGUGGUUGUAAGGCUUUUUUUUUUAAGUUUGUUGGUAACCUCCCUUAAACCCCCAAGAAAAUAUUUCAUUCUUAGACAUGAAUGAGUCAAUGAGAUGAGCUAAUACAUAGAAAUGAUAUGUCACCUCUCUAGCUAUAUAAAUAUAUAUUUUUAAAGGUGUGGAGAUCUCGCCCUAUACUACUGACGUAACAAAGACAAUUAUUUCAUCCCCCCUAUGUGACAGACUGGCAAACUGCAGACAUCUCUACUACAAAUGGUAGCUAUCUGAGAAGGCCCCCAACAUAAAGUGCCCUUCAAGAAGGGGUGGGAGGGAGAUUUACCCAAGUCCUAAACAUAGUGAGAUGGGAGGCUACUUUGGUUUAACCCAGUGGCAAACACCCUGGGCUUCAUAUUGUAACUGACUGGCAAUUAGAGGUGGACCAAGAAAACAUCUUGAUGCCCAAGUUAGGUAUAAGUGAUGGCCAAAACUUAAUAACUGCUAUCUGCUGGCCCAGUGCAGCUGAAAUGUGUCCACAGAUCAGACUUUCUGCUGGUUUGUGACCUGACACAAGAACCAGACCCCUUGAUAAGCAAAUCAGGUUCUGGUCCACAAUCUGAGUGCAGCUUGGGGUCUGGAUUCAUGAUUGCUGUUUUGGAACACUUCCCCUGCAGUGCUUCUUUGUGUUUGGAUUUGGGGUUUGUUUUUUUGUUUGUUUGUUUGUUUAAACAGAUCAAUUCUUUUGUGAAUGCAGAGUAUGAAAAGUUGUGUUAAGAAUGGUGCUGUGCUGAAUCGAGGCAGCUCUGUUUGCAUAUGUGAUCAAAAGGUAGUAUUUCUUACAUGGUUCCCAGACAAAGUUGUGUGCCAUCCAUUGUGACACACCUUCAAACUCCAUUUUGCCUGUAGGGUGGAAGCAGCUUCCUGAAGAGUGUGCUGCAGAUUUAGCUCCCAAUUGCUUUAUGUUCUUUUUAUGAAGGUUUAAUUUGUAUAAGCUGGGAAUUCUGCUUUUUCAUUUGUUUGCUUCUGUUUUGGGGGGAGGGGGGAUUUUCCUUACUGUUAAUCUCUUGGGAUAUUCUACGAUGGAUUGUUACAGGCUUCCCUUUCUGCGAGAGUCAUCAGCAUAAUACUGUGGUGGGUAGGGCUUAGGACUGGAUUUCCAUGUAGUCUCGCUUCCUGAAAUGGGAAUGAUUAUCAAAUUAAAACAUAGGUAGGGAAAGAUGUGCAGGUUUAAAGAGAAGCCUCUACCCUCAAAGCUUGUUUCUUCCUUAAUUUUCCCUCUCUUUCUGUUGGGUAAGCCAACCUCAGGAGAGAAAGGACAACUAGGAUAAGCAGGGUUUUGACAUAUCGCAGCCUUACAGCUUUCAUUGGCCUUUGCUUUUCCUAAGCUCCCUGAGAUUCUGAAGGGAGGAGAAAGCUGCCUGCCUUGCUUUCAUCUGCAACCAAAUAGAACCAUUCAGGUUGGAAAAUACCUGUAAUACCAUCAAGUCCAACCAUGGAUAUAAUGGCUACUUGCUUGAACAAUGGCUUAACUGGGUUGGUUGUGUUUAUUAGGGGCUUGAGCAAGAGUUCUAGCUGUUUUUUGCAGACACCUGCUUUCAUUUCAGUUUGUCUUCUCAGCAUCAGUAAUUCCAUACACCUAAGGCUGCAGUGUUGGUGGUAGGAUGUGCUCUGAUAUGGAUCAUCUCUUCUGUAUUUAUUUAUUUAUUGCUAGAUUUCAAUCACCAACUGCUUCCCCUACUCCCUCCCACCUCUUCCAUUCCUGGUAGUAAUGCAAACAUGAACUGUAUGUAGUCAUGCACUUUGUAUUAAUGUAUUAGAAAUCUAUGGAACCUGUUUUGUACUUUUAUACUGUUCAGACACCUGUAAUCCAAACUUUUUUUUACUAGGUUAAUGAAUAAAUUUAGACUUAUUUAGAAAAU